AUGCAAGUGUUUCCAUCAGCUUUAAAAGAGAAUAUAAAAUUUUCAAGAUACACUGGUGAUGAUGAUUCUACCACCGAGGCUCAUAUAAGGCAGAAAGUUUCAUAUGGUGUUGAAAAACUGAGUGAUGUUGUACACACAAAAAGGUCAUUAGCAACCAGACUUUAUAACUUGAGUCAACGAGGCAAAUUUCAAAAUAGUUCGGUCUUAUCACAGAAAGUUAUUAAUUAUUUAGUUAAAUGUUUUUCUUAUGGCAUAGCUCAAAACAAGGGGAAUUCCAAGAAAAUUCAAAGUGCAAUCAGAAAUGUUGUACCACAUGCAUUUGGAAAACAUGAUUAUUGUGACACAACUUGGUGUCAUUACAAGGAAGACCCUGGAAAAUACAAGCACAAAUCUCUUCCUUAUGGUAAGGAUCUAUACGGUGACAAGUUGGAAGCUGCCCUACAGCAAAUAUUUAAAGACUACAGUACAGAUAUUGUAGCAGAAAAGUUAGCCCCUCUAACCAACUCACAACGAAAUGAAUCGUUAAAUGGUGUUAUUGGCUCAAAGAACCCAAAAAUACGGUUUUAUGGAGGGAGUGAAAGUAGCGAUUUUCGUGUUGCCUGUGGGGUUGCACAAACCAACCUAAGGUAUGGCUAUAUCAACAAAACUUUGCAAGCUUUAAAUAUUGAGCCUGGAAGAUUUUGUGAACAAUUUAAUGAAAGGAUGACCCAGAAACUAAAUCAUGAUAAAUCUAGAAAGUCAACUGUAGAUUUUAAACGUAGAAGGUCACACAUGCAGUCUCGAGCAGUAGCAAGUACUUCACAAAAAGAGGCAAAAGAGGGAAUAACAUACCAAACUUCAGUUGGCUUGAACCUUGAUCCUAAUUCAAAUGUCAACACUACACUAACCCCAAUAAGUAGCAUGAAGAUCAAUCUGCAAAGAAUGCCAGACAAUGUUUUCAAGGAAAUUGAAAAUUUAGUCCCGCCACAUACUUCUCGUCCACAAGCAGAAAAAUGUCAGUUCAAUGAAAUGAAACAUUAUAAUUUUUUGGUCUUUGACAUUGAAACAAAUGCUAUGGGUAAAUCAGCAGAAGUUUGCCAAAUUGCAGUGACAGAUAAAUCUGGUUCAAACACACUUUCUCAGUACAUUUUACCAACAACAGAUAUAGAUUUUCAUGCUUCUAAAGUUAAUAAGCUUCAAGUUGUUAAUGCAAACGGCCAAAAAGUGCUUCUGAAAAGUGGACAAAUGCUACCUACAGUGGAAUUACAUGUAGCCUUAGACAGAUUUUUGACCUUUGUAUCUGAGACAAUUGAUCAAGCAAAAGCAAAAACACAGCAAGAUGUACAUACCAUUCUCAUAGGACAUAACGUUUCCAUAUUUGACGUUCCAAUUCUUUUACGACAUGCUGGAGAACAAUUUGCAUCACAUUUACAGUCGUUGGAUGUAUGGUUUGCCGACUCGAUCCCAUUAUUUAAAAAUCUCACGAAAGCCGAGUAUCCCUUGCUAAAGAAUGGAGACGGUUCGUUCCCAAAAAUCAACCAGUCAUCCAUUUACGAAUCCUUGUUCAACGAGUCUUUUCUCGCACACGAUGCAUUAGAGGAUGUUAUCGCUCUCAAAAGAAUUCUUUUCUCUUCAAAGCUAAAGUUGCCAACAAAAUCUAUUGUUGAAAAUUCAUGUCCAGUAAGCGUACGCCAUGCAGUCGACGAUAUGAAAUAUCUUGAUCACCGCCAUAACCUCGUGCAAUCAUUCCAGGGCAAACUAUUCAACACGAAUGCACACAACCCAUCAGUUAUAACAAAAGGAAUGGUUGAAAAAAUCGCUGGGAGUGGUUUAUCCUACACGGAUCUUGAGAAAACCUAUCGUAAAUUCGGCCAAGACGGUUUAUUUGCCCUGCUUUCGAAGCCUCCAUCCUCAGCAAGUACUUCGGCUCCCAAGACGACGCCAAGAGUAACUCGAACCGAUCGAAUUCUCGCAGCAAUCGUACAGCAUUUUAAAGAUACCGUUCAAAUUACAGCGUGA